AUGAUAGAGGUGGACAAGAUUAGGCCAGGAAUGCUGUUUCUGUCAGCUGAUGGUACAAGGACCAGAGGACACAGAUUUAACAUUUUGGGAGAUAAUGAGGAAGAACCUUUUUACUCAAGACUCGCUGCAUUACUGCCUCAGGCCUGGAGGCCUUAUGUCUGUCGAUCGCUUGACAUCUUGAGGCUUUUCCGUAUCCAGUUUACCCAGCUUCCCACGUGUUGUGCAGGGAACCUCUGCAAUGGUGACCCUGGGAGUGGCACCUCCACACUGGAGCCAGGAGUUAUAACUAGUGGGCCAGUGACAACAGACUCCAGCAGCAGAACAACAGCCAAAAGCACGGGUGUCAUAACAAACAGCCCAGUGACAUCAGAGACCAGCAGCGGUGGACCAACCAAUAGCAAGGUCUCGACCCUGAAAUGUUUCAGUUGUAAAACUCCGACAGCAAUCUGUACACAACAGGAAGCCUGCGAUCCAGCUCAGAACCUGAACUGCAGAACCACCUUAGCCACAUGGAGUUUAUCUUCCGACGUGCCGGUCAUUAACGGGUGUGGGAACUGUACUGGAAAUCUGUCCUUUAAUGGCGGCACAUUGUCAGCAGCCACGACUGAGAGGUGCUGCCAGUCUGACCUCUGCAACAACCAGACCAUCACAGAAGAGACAAACACUACCUUGAACGGCCUCGAGUGUUACGCGUGCCCAGCGCUUUUGAGCAAUACCUGUGAAAAUCCCAACAAGAUGGUGAAAUGUGUCGGGGUACAGACAAGGUGUCUCCACUCCUCAGUCACGUAUCAGGCGCAGGACAUCGUCAUUAAGGGCUGCGCUUCCGAAAGUAUCUGCAAAAUUUCAGGAAUGCUGAAGCUUUACGGAGUCCAACCAAAGCAAGACCUCUACUGCUGCAAAGUGAGUGGGUGUAAUCUUAGGAGGUCAGAGGACAGCACAAUGACACCCGCUAAUACCGUGACCAGAAAAAACGACAGCCCGGCUGUUCGAUCCUUCCUCGCCCUACCAUUAGUUGCCCUGAUACUGUCUGUUUUAAGCAGAGUUCUAACCUGAGUGAUGGUAGAUUUUUCAGCCUGUCCUUUUAGAGAUUAGGUGAUUUUUUUUUUCCUCCCCAUGUCGCUUCCUGAAGGAAGCAGAAUUCAAUAUUAACUUUCAAAAGGGGAAUUGGAUAAAUGCUUGAAAAUUAACUAUUUGCGGGGCUAUGGGAAUAGAUCAAUGGGAGUGGGACUAAUUGAAUAGCCCCUUCAAAGAGCCGGCACAAGCACGAUGGGCUGAGUGGCCUCAUUUGCGCUGGGAGAUACUUUGCUUUAUUCGUGGGGAUUUGUUAGAUAACAUGGUGUGAGUUUACUCAUUAAUUCCAAACUACAUCUCAUUUCUGGAUGUCGUUCUUUCAGUUGAUUGGAUCCCUUGAUGAAAAUGCCCGGUACAGUCCUUCAGUAUAUACUCAUGCAUAGAUGAACUUCCUGC